UGCAAGUUACAACCCGAAUCUAAAAGCGUUCGACCGUAUCAAGGUCAAACAGAUAAGCUGCUACAAAAUACAUCAUUGUGCUAUUUUUGGCACCUAUACACUAUUUAGUCCUACUCAUCAGGAUUUCCGUGAGCAGCUUGUUUUAAAAGGAGAGGUGGUUGCACAAUGGUUGCACUAUGUAUCAAGCUGGGCUUGCGAAAAAUAGUUGUCUACUACUACACUAGGUACUAGUGCACUACAACUAGUGUAGUGGUGAUGUUCGGAACAUACUGCUGAAGGGAGAGUCUACUAAACGCAAUUUUCGUGUCGGAACAGCAUGAUUAGUGCUGAACCAUUAUGGGUAAAGCACAAUCAUAUCUCAGAGGGAAAGUCUCGACGUGGGGGAGAGACAAAAGUAACGAUGAUAAACUAACGCUGAUUGUCGACCCAAGCAACAUUCUACAGGACCAGAUUCUGGGGACGAUCUAUGGCAACUGCAUCGGGGACGCCAUUGGUCUUAUGACAGAGUUCCUCAACAAAGAACAAGCUUGUAAAUAUUACAGUGGCAAGCAUCUGGAAUACUCCAUGAAAGCCAUAACAGCAGAAAAAUUCUUUCAUCAAAUGGUCUUCCCGGAAGCUGAUUGGACAGAUGACAGCGAUCAGAUGAUCUUAAUCCUCCAAUCACUGAUGGAGAACGAUGGACAGGCAGUUGCAACUGAUUUUGCUGAGAAGCUUGUAACUUGGCGGUGUAGCGGUUUUGCAGAGCUUGGAGACACCUGUGGGAUGGGUCUAGGAAGGACCACAGGCCAGGUCUUACGUAGCGACAACUUCAAAACAGAUCCACAUAAGGUUGCUGAGACGGUAUGGGAGAUGGGUAGUAGAUUUGUGGCGCCUAAUGGGGGUGUGAUGAGGACGUCCAUCGCUGGAGUUCAUCGAUUUGAUGACAUUCAGCAAGUCAUCAGCAACACUAAAGUCUUCUGUAAAGUCACACAUGCAGACCCAAGGUGUGUUGCAUCGUGCGUUGCCGUAACAACAGCCAUUGCGAUGAUGCUGCAGGGGAUGCAUAGGAAGUCCAACGGCAGUUACAAGGUGGAUAGUCUCAUUGAGGCAGCGUUUGAUUACGCCAAGGAGUGUCUGUUGAGGGACGAUGAGGGAAAUUUGAAAGAAAGGCAGGUUGAGGAGUUGAAGUUUCAUAUGAACGCAUCACUUCCAGAACUGAAGCUGGACGACAGACAGAGAAUUGGGUAUACCUUCAAAUGUCUUGGCGCAGGAUUCUGGGCCUUGAGACAGAAAAACUUUAGGGACGCCAUCGAGGCUAUAACAUUGGAGGGAGGUGAUGCCGACACAAAUGGGGCUGUUGCGGGCGCUUUGCUCGGAUGCAAGCUCGGGUACAAGAAGAUUCCCCCCACCUGGAGAAAUGAACUGACCCACAAGAAAUGGCUGGAUGACAUACUCGUCAGGUACUUUGAGAUGGGUAUCAAAUCAGAGGGCAGUGGGACACCUGUAGAUGCACCGCAAAGUGAAAGCAUCUUGAAGGCCGCUGGGUCUUCGGAAACGGACAAUAUUGAAAACCAAGCCCAACAUUCAGAGGGAAUGACAUCAGAUGGAACUAAUAGCGUACCCUCAUUGCACUCUGCAGAGGUCAAAGAUCAAAGUUCAGAUGUCAAAACUGAGUCUAACGCAGAUGCCCAACAGGGUGGCAGUUCUGAAGUUGAACUCCAAAAUGAGUCAUCGAAGGUCACUGAUCAGAUAGAGGUCAAAGGUCAAGUGGAUUUGGUAGGAGAUGAUCCCCAGAUCGAUGGAGGAGCUAAAAGGAAACUUGAAGAAACAUCAUAAGAUCACAACAAGUGAAAUUUAGAAACCCCAACCCCUAAAUAAGAUUAGGACAACAAAACAGGAAAAAGUUAGACGUAUAGUGUUGCACUAACUACAUCACUCUCAGUUGUAAGAAUGUUUCAAAACUUCUUUUGCAGAAAUUGAUGAACAAAGCAACAUUUUUAAUGUGUGCUACUGUACUUUUGUGAGAAGGUGAAGAAAUCGUUGAAUAUUAACUUUAAGAGCUAAACGGCAUUUGGAACAUGGUGUGAAGAGUAGGAAGUAACUAUAAAUACUGAAUAGUAAACUUGCUGGAACAUUCAUGUUAUUUUCCUGAUGACGAGCAGAGUAUACUGUUUGAAACGUCAAGACCACAAUGGCUCUUUUCCGAGCCAACUCUCCCUCAAAAGAGAUAUUGUACAUGUACAUGGUUGUACUCGCAAGUUUACUACUGUGUAGUUUUUUAAGUGCUUCGUAGACGGCAGGACCAGGGUAAAAUACACAUUACUUGCUCGCCAGAAACUUUUGUGGCCCUACUGUAAUAUUUUGAGGGCAGUCUAGACCACUAUCUGGCCGGUCUAUCGUUUUUGGUGUAUUUGGUGGCCUGAAGUUAUUUUUAUUGGUCACAAGCCAGCGGGCCACCAUAUUGGCUUGUGGGGAAAACCAAAACAAAGUUAGCAUUUUUGGAGAAUGCCUGAACACAAUUUUGGUUAAAGUUGUGUUUGAGUGUUCAAGCUGAGACAAAUGUCGCACACAGAAAGGAAAUAUUUUUUCAUUUUUCAGCCAUCAUGACAACUAAAAGUUAAUCCAUCAUUUUUUAGAAUAGAAAACUGAGUGUUAAAAUUAGAAACAUAACAAUAGAUGAAAUAUAUUUUGUAUUCAUAUAUUUUAUAAUAACGUGCACUAUACCCUUAGAUUAAAAAAGAGAUAUGUACAGUAUAAUAUAGUUAACUAUAAAAUAUUUACAAGUAAUUUUGAAAAGUGACUAACAAAUACUUCAGUUCAACUUUUUUUCAAUGGAACCUUGAUAAAUUAACAAUUCUGUUUGGAAUGAUGCAAAACUAUUUUUGGGGGCGAGACAAAAUAAAAAUAGCAAACUGAUAACAAUAUUUGCACGAAUUUAUUGCAAAACAGUUUUUUAUUGUAAAAAAAAAUUCCUAUACCUGUCGGAAAGGUUGAACAAAAAAUUCAUUUUUUGUUUCAGUGUUUUGCAAAAAUGCAAAGAAAUGCAAAUUCUCUGCUGCUGUUAUUUGAAAAGUAUACCAAUCUUAAAUAUCUUGCCAUUAAGUUUUAAUACAUGUCUCUGUCAGAAGGGAUGUGGCAAUAUUUGUGUUUAUGUUAUUUUUGAUUUACCUUACACCAAUGUUAUCAGCACUUUAUCUUCAGUGCUCUCUCGAAUCAUGUGGGGGGAAAACACGGGCAGCUUACCCGGUUGUAGUCUUACCCUCGACUCCCGUCAUUCAAGAGUAGGGCCCAAUUUCAUGGUUCUGCUUACCGUGUAAGCAAAUAAUCAGCACUUGCGGAAGCAAGAAAUGCUUUGCUUAAAUGUCAAGCGUGUUUCACCGGUUAGCAGGGAAUUUUUGCUUGUGUGCAUCCAUACUCCGAUUCAUGCUUC